AUGAAGACGGAACCGCCAAUUAUCGACGACGCACCGCUGGGCAAUGCGCAUGCGCCAGAUUUAGCCGGAGAGCCGAUCAUGGAUGCUGGCAAGCCGGUAACACGCAAGCGGAAGGCAUCGCCGAAUGAAGAGAACAUUGCUGGCGAAACAGAAGAGCAGAAGCAAAAGCGCGCGCGUGGCCGGCCGCGGUUAGACACGAAAGACGAGACAGCUGCCGAUCGACGGAGAACACAGAUUCGCCUUGCGCAAAGGGCCUAUAGGCAUCGAAAGGACAAUGCCAUCACGAAUUUGGAGGACAAGGUCAAGGAGCUGGAAAAGAACAAUGCCGACAUGAGCCGCGAGUUUCAUAGAUUCCAUGAUCUCGUGCUCUCGAAAGGUCUGCUGGAUGGCUCAUCCGAGGCUAUUUCCCGCCUCAAGGCCGUCACGGAUAGAUUUCUUAACCUGAAUGGCAGGAAUUGGGGCGAGACGGGCUACAUUUCCCCCGCGGAUGAACAUACAACGAUCGCCGACGGCUUCCGUGGCCUAGCAGAGAUGGGCUCUGACUCCUCAGCUGGAGUUCAGAGCCCCCAGAAGUCAAGCACAGCCGAGCACUCUCAACAUAUUUCAUCACCCGGGCAGGCGAUGAGUACAGACUCCGUGGCUUCGUACGAGAUUGUCGCGCAAGCCACGCCGGACAAUGCCUCCUUCCCACUCUACACUGCUCUGGAUGUCGUGCCCAAUCUCGCCACGUUUGCCCCCAUCACCUCGCCGUAUGGUACACUGCCCAUGACCAGCUCUCUGGCACACCACGAGCUCACCUUUGGUCGUCGACUGCAGAGAAGGACGACAGAGCGCGGACUGUUUUUAGCCUCGGUUCCAAAUCCACCACCGGAGCGAUACGCUGCCGUCUUUGGUUUCUCUCUUCUCUUCGAGUCCCGGGAAGCGAUUGCUCAACGCCUUGCACAACAACUGGCCAACAUGGUCAUGCCAUUACAAGACCAGGCCAACCCGCAAAGAGGUCCCUUUGAGGAGAAGAUGGAGCAGCGCAUCAGAUUGACUUUCGGGUUUGAAAAGGAAUUUUUGAACGCCGACGAGAUUGAAAUGUAUCUCCAGCAACUUGGGAUCAUAAUACCGCACCAAGUGGAAUACGUCGAUGCAGAGGUGGAUGUUAAUGAGCUUGUUGAUACGUCGCCUCCGUUGUCUGCCCACGGCUCAUUUUCAUCCCAAUCUUCUGGAUUUGACAACCUGAAUGCACAUCUCCCCGUCGCAAUGGCAAUGAACAUGACUUCCAGUCAUGCUAUGACGCAGCGAUCGCAAAUGCUGCCCCACGAGAUGCAGGCUCAUGGGGCUGUUCCGGGAGCCGGCCUGUUGCCUUAUAUGUGUCCACCGGGAAUGGAAAAUGUAUGGGGGGCGACUCCUUGGCAGAAGCCAAAACUAACUAUCAGUGUGGCAGCUUUGGUCGAAGAACUUGCGUCAAAGUCCGUUUGUAUGGGCAAACAUCCAGGUGUUCGUCUCAAAGACGUCAACAAGGCGAUCAAGGCAGCUGCUGGCCUAUGUUGA